CCUGGAGGGAGAUGGAAGGGAACACGACUCCGAGUAUUUAUGUAACUUCAUUUUUUUGACGAGAAGCAAGACCUGCCGCUGUCAAUGGAUCGGACAGGGACUCGAUGAAUGAACGAUAAAUGAUGCUGUAAGUAAUCGUGUAUUGAAGGAGAAUCGCGAUUAUUUAUUGUGUGGCUUAAGAACAGAGUGACCCUGAAAAUUGUCAAGCUCCCGGUCCAGUUCCUAAACUAGGAGACCCAGAAGAUGGGCUCCGGUCAAAGCGCUCGCAAGUUGACCAUCUCGAACGAGGAGGAGGUCGGGGUGAUCAAGGUGUCCAACGCGAUUGUCCAGCGUCUUGCGCAACGAGACGACGAGUCCUCGACGAGCCCGAGACCUGACUCGCCGAGGAAGCAUCCAGCACCUCCUAGUGCUCCUGUUCCUUCAGCUACACCUGUUGCACCUGGACAGCCGGUGCAUUAUCCUGAACUGACCUUGUCCGCUCUUCAAGUACAGCAACAAAUGGAACAGGAGCUGAAGAAGCAGGAUCAAUACUGGCACAGGCGACUGCAGAAUCUAGAGGAGGGUUACCAGAAGAUUAAUCACAUCCUGGAGGAUGAGUACAAGAAAGCUCUCAGUGAAACGUCCGCCGCUAAGACUGGACAAAAAACUGUCAAUGUCCAGGGUACAGUGCAACCAUGUCUGGAUGGUAGUAAUAAAGUCCUAAAAUGUUUCCAAGAUCAUCCCAAGGAGAUUCUCAAAUGUUCAAACUUGGUAGAAGAAUUUUCAAAUUGUGUCUGGAAUUUGCAUUAUACACGUGUGAUUGAAGCGCGUUCGUAAUACGUUAUUAUGCGUUUCAUUAAAUCACAGCACAGGAUUCAAAGGACAUUUAGUCAACAAAUAAUAAAUUAUACGAUAAGCUAUAAUGCCUGGUAAAGUGCUUAUUUUAAUGGCAGAAUAUUGCCAGUGGAAAGUAGUGUAAAGCAAAGGAUAUAUGGAGAAAAAUGUAAAAAAAUAAAUUAUUUGAAGAAUACAUAUUGCAAUUU